AUGCCAAACUGGCGCGACGAGUACCUGGCCUCGAUCGAGGCUGCCGAUGCGACGGAUCCUGCAAACAGCUUGCUUAUUGCAGCUUGCUCUUCGUUGCAAGACCAGGUGGCCACAUUGCAGGCUGAGAACGAGCUCCUACGAUCUUCCUCCGGCACUGCCCUUCCUUCGAAAGAACGUCGUGAUGAUCUGGACGUGGGUACCGGAACUCCCGACGCUCAGCUUCGAGUUGAUCUUGCAGAGGCUUUGCGCUCGCAAGGGAAGUUUCAGUCACGCCUGAAAGCGGCAGAGGAGGAGCUUGAGAGUCUACGUACGAAAUCUCGAAACGACACACGAAAUAUUCGAGCCCUCACGGCUGAACGCAACGCUCUUCAAAUAAAAGUGCGAGACAGGGACGAGGAGCUACGCGGCAAGUCAAAGCUCGUCGAGGACGUGCAAGAUGAACUGAUUGCCCUAAACCUGCAGCUCAAUAUCGCGGAGCAGCAGCGGGAUAAAAUAAAAAAGGAAAACAAAGACCUUGUCGACCGCUGGAUGCGGAGGAUGGGCCAAGAAGCAGAGGCUAUGAAUCUUGCCAAUGAGCCAUUCAUUGCUAAAAGCCCUUGA